AGGUGCUAGAUAGAUCAUACGCGCUGUGACGUCGUAUAGGUUUGUUUAUUUUAUCCACCACAGAUUUUAUGAAGGGGACAUGAGAAAGGCAGGCGGAGCGCGGGAAUUCCAGUUCACACAAAUUUUGCAUUCAGACCAGUUAUAUUUGGCUAUUGCCUAGAAACAUGUCUGCACUAUCACGGAAGUUUCCUUCUUUCUUGACCAAUUCCCUAAGUUUAGCUGGGACCAUGCGGACGAAUAGACCGCUUUCCCCAGAAACCCCUGGUUGGUUCUCAAGAAAUCGGCUAUCUGUAGCACCAAAAGUGAAGAUUUCAUAUAGUUGGCUUAGCGAUAAGAUGGCAUCUGGACUUUUCAACAGCGCCAAUAUCACCAGCAAUGAUGAUGAAUGGGGUUUCAUCAGCAAAAUGAAGGCAUCGGCAAUUAAACCUCUGUUUGUUCCGAAGAAAUUGGCUUUACUUAGCUCUAAAGGAUGGCAUCGGGACUCUCCAAAGGGGAACGCAGAAAAUGAUUCGGCAAAAAGAAAUGAGGAAUAUACGUCCCAAUGGAUCAGACCGAGACCAAUCCAAGAAAUUAAGCAUCGGGGAAUAUUCUCAAGCUCGUUCGACUGCGGAGCCUAGAAGUUCACGCGCAAACAAGUCCUCUCAACCCAACAAAUCGACCGGCAGUGAUCAUGGACAGAAGUUUGAUGCAUUUCUCAGUCAUAGCGGUAAGCAGAAAAAUUUUGUUAGGCAGCUACACAGAGACCUCACGAAACGAGGCGUGUUCUGCUUCUUUGAUGAAGAUCAUGAAAGUUUGCCAGUGGGGGAACCUUUUCCCCCUCGUAUUCUUGCCGCCGCUAAAUCAUGCAAACUAGCAGUCUUGCUUCUUUCUAAGGAAUUCUUGGAAACAAAGUGGCCAAUGCUGGAACUCUCUACUGUCGUGAAAGCUAGAGAUAAAUAUCCCAAUAUCAAAAUUUUACCCUUGUUCUUUAAGAUUGCACCGGAGGCUCUUAAGCAAAUCAAGGCAGACAAUGAAAAGUGGAGAGAAUUUGAGGAAUCCAAGGAAGAGCGGGCCGAAUGGCACCGAGCUUUAAGAGUAAUACGAGGAAUUAAUGGAUUGAAAUUUACUGAAGGUGACAAUGAGGUGAAGUUUAGAGAUGAAAUAGUGAAAAAAGUGUGGCACAUACUUUCAACAGAUUUCCCAAGGUAUCAUGUCCCUUGCAUGCAAGGAGAACUACGAAUGUGUCAGGAGCUCUCAAAUUUCUUCAACGAGGUUCAGCCCAACAAAAAUGGAAUCCGUAUUGUAGGAUUGUAUGGAAUAGCAGGCUACGGGAAAACUACACUUGGGAAGGCCUUUUGCAACUUUAAGUUGGAAGAGUUUGAAGGUAAAGUGUGCCAUGUGGAAUUUUCUAGAGGCGAUUCAUUAAAAAAAAAGGAAGACGCCCUGCAGCAUCUCACUCACUGUCCUCAACCGUAUCUCGAUACAUUGACAAGCCAAGAUCAGGCACAAAUUGAGUUGUAUAGAAGAGUGAAGGGCCAAAGGGUUUUGUUGGUUCUCGACAACAUCACAGACGACAGCAUAGACGAAGUGAGAGACUAUCUUCGGGCGGACUUGGGGGAAAACAGCUACAUCCUUUUGAGUGCUCGAAGUGUAGAUGUACUAGUAAAACAAUUCAGUAUAGAUUCGCAGUCAUGUAUGCGCGUCCCAAGGCUUGAAGAGGAAGAGGCCAUAGCCAUCUUGUUGGAAAAGGCAUUUCCAGGAGAGCCAACGUUAGAGGCAGAGGAAAGAAGUUUUGGUUUGAAGUGUGCAAAAAGAUGUUUGUUCAAAGAGACCUGUUGUGACAUUGUUCCGAGAGCUCGAACAUAUCAUCCGUUGGCCUUAAAAGCUUUUGGUGGCUACCUCUUUAGUAAAUACGGUUUUGACUUAUCAAAAUGGGCUGCUGAGAUGGAUGGCAUGGUAGACAGAGCGCUUGAUGGUUUGGAUGAAGUGUUCGCUGUGCUGGGGAAAGCUUUUGAUGACAUGCCUGCCAAAUACCGCACCAUAUUCAUGCUUCUCACCGUCUAUAUGCUGCCCAAUAUGUCUUCCCACAAAGUUAGCAGGUGGCUGGCAAUAAAUUGCAACGAAGAGAUCUCGUUUAUUGAAAAAGCAGUCGAGGAUCUACGUAAGAAGGCUUUUAUUGAAGAAUAUAAACCUGAAGUUCGCAUACACGACCUAUAUAUAGAGUUCGCUCAAAGCAAAGCAAAUGAAAUGGGGAGAUGGCUGUGGUGGAAGAAGGAAGAUGACCAAUGUAGUACACGUGGAUUAAUUGCAGAAGAUAAUACAGGGUUUGAAUUAGCUAAGUUGGAGGAGUGCAUGUAUCGAAAGAUAGCCCCGAGGUACCUUGGAAAUCUAUUUGUGCUUCAGCUUGUAGAUGUGCAGAAUGUGAGCAAGCUUGACUUGGGUCCGAUGGACAGGCUCAGAAGUAUCACAUUACGCGAUUGCAAAUUUCUGGUAGCACUUGAUGGGAUGGAAAAGUUGGUAGACCUGGCGUGGCUAGAGAUAAGAGGGGUAAAUCCAAUGUUUGAACUUCCCGAGGUAAGCAGCUUCGAAGGGUUACAACAUCUUGAGAUAGAUAUUGCAGGCAGCCAGGUACUUGAUCAGCUGGGAGAUCUUACCCGUUGUUUUCGUCUGAGAGAGAUUAAUGUUCUCUGUCCAUCUCUCUCCAAGUUCCCAAGGUUAAAAGGUAUGAAGCAUUUGGAGAAAGUGGAAUUCAGUUUGUGUGAUAAAGUGAAGGGCCCCCUCGACUGUAGAGAUUGUGUAAAGCUUCAAACUAUUGUCCUCAACCUUUGCUGCCAGAUGGCUGCUUCACCGCUUCUUACUGGAUGCAGGAAACUAUCCAAGCUCGUUUUGUCGGAAUGUGAUGCACUGACGGCUUGUCCAGAGGUAGAUGUGCCAAGUGCUUUAAAGACACUAGAUUUGUUCAUUUCAUCAAAAGCUGCUUCGGCACCUAAAAAUUUGGAGUCGUUUUGGGAACUGGAAAAUCUUCAAUUGUGGAAUAUGGGAGAACUAGUAGAGCUUCCGAGCUUCAAAAGAUUAUCAAAUUUGACUGUGCUCAAACUUGGCAAGUGUAAUAUGAGGGAGCCACCGGAUCUUACAGGUUGUGACAAGUUGGAGGAUGUUUACUUUUUCACACUUACAAAUUUAGAGAGGUUUCCCAACUUCUCAUCACUAAUGGAGUUGAAGAAAUUAAGUUUAUGUAAUUGCAUUAGUGUUCAAGAUCCUCCCGAUAUCGAGAGAUGCCAUCAACUACAGGUGUUUCAUCUGCUAUACAACGAUAAUAUGAAAGGACUUCCAAGGAUGGAUAAGUGUGCACAAUUAGAGGAAAUCAAAGUGAGUUGGCAUUGUCAGGGUGAGGUCACUUAUGAGGGAAUUGAUCCCGACAAUUGUCGAGUCGAGGAGGAUCUUGAAUAUUGUCUUGAAUACUGGAAAGACGAGAAGUUCGGGAACAUAAGUGCUGUAAGCCUGCCAGAAGCAUUGAAACAGUGGAAGUGGCUGAAGGGCAAGACAAAACUGGCGAAACGGUAUUUCCGUGGAGUGAAGCUGUAUUAUUCUCUCACAGCUCCCUAUGAAUCCUAUAAAAGCUCGAAGUGUUACAGCCAAAGUUCAAUUGCUCCCAUUCUGGUAGACUGGGAAAGCUCGGUGCUUUACAGCCAAAGGUCUCUUACUCUCAGAUUGGUAAACUGCAAAGUGAUCGCUUUCCCCGACCCGACGAUGGGUAGAGCUUGGCAAGAUUAUGGUUGGUUGAAUAGAGUGCUAAAGUAUUUCUAUGGAAGGGAGGAUAUUGCGCGUGCAAGUGCCGCUUCGGUUUCCUCAAACAUUGUGGAAGACAUCUCUCUCCUACUUCCACUCUCACCAAGAUAUGGUGUCCCUCCCAUGCAAGGAGAGGCGCGCGUGUGCCAGGUUAAACAGCCUUGCUAA